UGACGGAUGUUUACACGGCGCACAUGGGAGGAGUUGACCGCGCGGACCAGCUCCGAUCGUUUUAUUCCUCGGGCUGGCAAUCGCGUAAAUGGUAUAAAUACGUGUUUUGGUUUUUGUUCAAUCUGGCAGUGACAAACGCAUUCGUCCUUGAAGGAUUUAAGCGCCAAUUACAAGGAAAGGCGAAGAGGACUGUUAUCGUUUUCAAGACAGAACUAGCGCAAUCGCUUAUUGCUAAGUUCAACUCGAGAAAGCGCCCACGAGUCCCUGCUCCCCCAACUCCCCAGAACAUCCCAGCCUCAGCUCAUGUCGCCACUCAUGUAGAAGGAAGGAAGAGGGCAUGUGUUCUUUGCAGCAAGAAGGGAAAAACGACCCCGAAAGGCUACAAGAUCGAGACGUACUAUGAGUGCGCGGUCUGCAAAGUCGGUCUCUGUCGUAAAGGUUGCCACCAGGCAUUCCAUGAAAUGGACCAUGGCACGGCAUAAACUAUCAUAGUACAGACUUUAUUUUUACACUAUUUCUUAUGACUAUAUGCUUACAACUACCUUUAUUAUAUGUUCUAUUUAUAUUUUGUGUCUAAGAUAAACAAUAAUCUUGUAAAUGAUGCAAAAUUUGAGAUCAUUGGUAAAGAAGAUGGCGCGAAAUUUGAAUUUUUGUAUGAAAUUGUAAAUUCAAAUCAUUAUAGCUCUAAGCAAUAGUGGCAAAAACGCCAAUAUUUCGGUUCAUUAAAAACUUCAUUAUCUGCA